AAAUAUUUUUAUAGAUGCAGCAGCCUCCGACUGAAGAGCCGACACAAGUUCCUGAGGUUCUAUCUCCACCCAUAGUUCCCGAACUUCCCGAACUCCAAGAGCCUCUCUUGCUUGAAGAGAAGGUCGAAACCGACGCAAACGCCAGCAUUGGUGCCUCAAUUGUGAACAUGACGAACAAUGUCCUUGGUUCUGGAUUAGUUGCUCUAGCGUACUCUGUUAGUCGCUGUACCUUGAUUCCUGGAAUUCUGAUUUUGAUGACAAUCGCUGCGAUCGCAUGCUUUUCCCAGAUCGUUAUCACACGAAGCUGCCGCCUCACCGAUAAAUACACAUAUAAAGAAAUGGGCCAAAGCAUUUUCGGUAACACGGGAGGUGUGAUCGUUUCUUUCAUCAUGCUGCUCUACACCUGCGGUUCCUGCAUCUCCUACUUCGUAAUCAUCGGCGAUCUCUUCCUGGACGCGUUCUCCUUCCUCCUUCCCUCCAUCUCCAUCCUCCAAAGCCGCGCAAUCGUCGUCGGCAGCAUCUGCUUCUUCCUCAUCUUCCCUCUCUGCAUGCUUCGCACGGUGGAUUCGCUCAAAUACGUCUCCGUCGUGUCGAUCCUCUCCAUUCUCGUCACCGCCGGCGUGAUUACCGUGGCCUUCGCGUCCCACCCCACGGUGAACCCGACGGUGGAGCUGAUGCACAUCACAUCGCGCAUCAUCAGCGUCAUCCCGAUGAUGUGCGUGUCCUUCAACUGCCACUACAACGUGCCUCGCUACUACUACGUACCCUCCUUCUCCUCGCCGCCUCACGCGCGUAGGAGCUGAAGAACCGCUCGCCGGGCCGCAUGUGGCUGACCUCCAUCGGCGCUUCCUCCAUCAUUCUCUUCGUCUACCUCGCCGUAUCCCGUACUUUCUCUCUCUCUUUUCUCUCUCUAAUCCCCAGUGAGCGGCUAUUUGAUGUUCGGCGAGGACACGCAGGGCAAUAUUCUGCUCAAUUUCCCGCGGGACUCGAUCUCGCCCACGGUGGCGCGCAUCGGCCUGGGCUUCGGCAUCAUCUGCCACUUCCCCAUCACCUACUUCGCCGUGCGCACCAAUCUGCACUCGAUUUUCUGCUCGAUGCGGGAGUUUCAUUCGCUGGGGCUGCGGUUUGUGUAGGCGCGGAGGGAUGAUGUGAUGCAGAACGGCCGUCGGAGUGCUCGCGUCCACGGUGACGAUUGCGAUUCUGCAGACGAAGGUGGAAGUGGUGAUCGGAUUGAACGGAUCGCUCUUCGGAUCCUUGAUCAUGUUCGCGAUUCCUGGAUUGAUGUAUUUAAUGUGAGGAAAUGGGCAGGGAGUGAGGCACAGAGCGGGAAGGGGAGAUAAGGGAACGCUUCGGAAGAAGAUCGAGGCAUGGUUCAUGGUGUUUUUCGGAUUUACGAUGUGUAUCGCUGGAACCGUUCUGAAUGUGAUGAAAAUCGUGAACGGAGAAGGAUAAGAAUCAGAAUAGUAGUUUUGUUCUAAUUUCGAGUUGUUCAACAUGCAGCAAAUGGAAAGGGUUGGAGGAAUAGAAGCUUCAUACGAGAUUCGAGUUUGUUCAACAACAAACAACAGAUAAAAGAAAAGAAAAUACUAAAAACUAAAAAUACACGCAAAACCACAAAACCACAACGAGGUCUAGAAACUCGUUCUUUGGAGCUGUUGCGACCUGUAGCCUUCUGAAACCUACAAGCAAUUAGAAUAUGCGUUCCUCAUGGUGGAAUGAGCCAAAAAACCAAUCCAUGAAAAGAUGAGAGAAGCACGUCUUUUUCCAACUACUAUCACAGUAUCGCCACAAGCCAAUCGAGACUGCGCUAAAAUUGGAAGAAAGGUUGAACCUUUACCUACCUGUAAGAAAA